AUGAGCUUUCUAGGCGACAUUGUCAAUUCUAUUGGCAAUGACAGGGCUCCCGCACCGCCGAAACCCCCAGUGCGACCGAUGAGUGCCAAUUCACAUCGACUUCAAGCAGACGUCAGCAAGCCUGGAUUGAGGCCCGAUUUUCAUGCGAUACUUUCGCCAUUGAACGGUACCAAGCGGAAGGCAGAAGAUGAUGUAACAAAACUACCCGAAAAGCUCAGCAAACCCAACACGGUACAUGGGUUGACCAGCAGUGUCCACAAACGCACGGCUGCUCCUCCCCUGAAUGCGCCAAAACCAUCCAAUGAAAAGACUCCUACAGUACCCAGGCCGAAACCUGAGACUACAGGUAGUAUAUCGAAGGAUGGCUCGACACCGCCCGUCACGCCAACCACGACCACUGUCAAAGUUCCGGUGAAAGGAUCAUAUGCAGAUAUCAUGGCUAGGGCUAAACAAGCGCAAGAAACGAAGGCUCAGAAUCAAAUUGGGAUGAUCAAACAUCAGGCUACUAAUCGAGAGAAGGUAUCUAAAUUUGCUGAGAGAAGACGCCACGAGGAAGAAAAGGCGAAAGCUGCCAAGGAAAAAUCCAGCGGACGGACUUUGACUGGCAAACAUGAUAAUUCACGGAGCGUUAGUCCCGCCAAGAAGACAGAUCAGCCACGAGUGCCCAAGGUAGCACGACCACCACUACACGCCCCGGCAUCGACCUAUAAAGGUACGAUGGGUACUGUAUCGAAUAGGUCAAAACAACAGAUCCGGCGCAAGAAGAGCAGGUAUGAUGAGUAUCUUGACACGGACGAAGAAGAUGUAUCCGACAUGGACGGCGAUGGAGAAGAUGAAGAAGAGGAUUAUGGCUCCGAUGCUUCAUCGGUCAUGGAAGCAGGAGCAUUCGAGCUAGAUGAAGAGGAGAGGCUGGCUCUGAAAACGGCCAAGGAAGAGGAUGCGAGGGAGCUGGCUUUGGAGAAUCAAUUGAAGCGAGAGAAGGAAGAGAGACGAAAGAAACUCCUUGAUCUGGCUAACAAGCGAAAAUGA